GUCCCGCGCUAACAAAUGAAGAAACCAGGUUGGAUGUAUACAUAGAAGCAGCGUGUGUUUCCGCAAUGUUACAAUGUGCCAUUCCGUCUCAUCCAUCCGAUCCCGGGACCUUCCGAACGGAAACGAGAUUGGACGGGAUGAAGAUGCGGUGAAUUUCUCCCGGCCAUCCCGUUCGUUGUUUUUGGCCUUUCCCGUCCCUCGAUUGUUUUCCAGAAUAAAUCAAGAUCAUCGACACUCAUCGACGGGCCGUGCCGGAUUUCCAUCAUCGUGGACCUCACCAAACGACCAAGAAGACGGAACUAAAACAAAACAAGCCUUGGCUUUUUACGUACAGCGGAGCUAUCCCAUAAUCGCCCUAAUCGAUUGCGUUAUUUGACGCCAAUUCUGACUCACUCAUUGUUGUCACCACCUCACUCCCCACGACGGGUAAAAAUACCCGGCAAAAAUGUAUCCUCCAACCGUGAACUCGUCUUGCUAUGGCACCAUCAACAACAACAACACCAAUGGCCCUCACAAUACCACCAUCCUCAACAACUCUGAAAUCGAACCGCUGCUACACCCAAGCGACCAGAUGCCAACAGGCACCAGGACGCCCGACCUGCCAGGCUUCCCCAAGGUCUCACUAGGGACGGCCCCCCCAUCAUCGCGAUGGCGCCGCCACCUCACCACCGACAUCGAUCGCAGCUACGCCGACGUGAUUCUCAUAAUCUGCUACCUGAUCACGGGCCUGCUGGACUCCUCCUCCAUCUCCAUCUGGGGCUCCUUUGUCUCCAUGCAAACCGGCAACACAGUCUAUGCCGGUCUCGGCCUGGCUGCUCCUAACGAAUCCGCACGCUUAAUAAAAUCCGUCACAUCCCUUGCUGCCUUUUGCCUUGGCUCGUUCUUGUUUAGUCGGUUCCACCGCCUCUGGGCCCCAAAACGCCGGUGGGUGCUCUGCGUGUCGUUCACGGCACAGUCUGCAUUUACCAUGGCGGCGGCGGCGGUUGUUACCAUGACGGGCAAGCCGCACUAUAGCGAAGACGUCGAGUGGCAUGUUUUGCUCCCGAUUGCGCUGUUAGCGUUUCAGAGCGGCGGGCAGGCCGUGACGAGUAGAGUGUUGAGAUACAAUGCGCUGACGAGCGUGGUAUUGACGAGUAUCUACUGCGAUUUGUUUUCGGAUGCGGACCUGUUCAAAUUGCAUAAUCGCGAGAGGAACCAAAGGGUGGGCGCGCCCGUGUUUCUGUUCUUGGGGGCGCUUUUUGGAGGGUUUUUUGCGCAUACGGCGUUUGGCGUCGCGGGCGCUUUGUGGAUGGCGUCGGGAUUGAAGUUGGUGGUUGUCGUGCUUUGGUUGGUUUGGCCUGCUAAGCCGAAGCCGGUGGUUGAAUAUCCUGAUGGACUUGAGACAGCUUGAACUGAGUCGGUGUGGACGAGGAGCUUGUUAUGGUCGACGGCCAUUGUUGUUCGAAAAAAACGCCCAGGCGCAAGUUGAGCCCGUUGAGCGAGCAAGUUUCUUGUCUCGUACUUUUGUUUGCAUUAGAGAGAUGUCGACUCCCACUAGACCGGUAGACUUGGUGGACAUAUAGACUUGGUGGUUCUCAUAGAUAGUAUCAUUCAUCCAAAUUCCUAAUAGAAUCUCAUCGUCAUCCUCGCUGCUCACACAAUCAAUGGGAUUGCACUCAAUCACAACUUUUCAACAUUACGCAAAGCCCACAACUCCUUGGGCCGACCAGCAGCAUCACAAGAAGAAAA